AUGUCCUCGAUCGCCCCGUCUAGAUCCCUCCAAGCUUCGGCUUUGACCUUUCUCGUUUUGUCGAUUGGGCAUACGGUCCAGGGCAGACAGUGGACUGCUGAUAAGGGGUUUAAGAAUAUCAAGGGGUCUAGGCCGUGGGCUUGUGGGACUUUGGGGUGGUUCCAGUGGUCCAAUAACCCCGCCGCGCUGCAGGAUCCCUUGAACAAGGCGCUGGCCUGUAUUGCGAAUGCCAUUCUCUGGGCUAGUUCGGCGUGGUAUGCUAAGACGGGGGUGAAGGAUAAUACUGUGUCAGUAGGAUUGUCCGCUGCGCUGCAUGCUUAUUCUAUUUUCUCGCAGUGA